AUGCACGAUUACCAGGGCACCGUAGUCCAUCCCCAGCAUUGGCCUGAAGAUCUCGAUUAUGCGGGUAAGAAGGUUGUGGUCAUUGGCAGUGGUGCUACCGCCAUGACGCUGGUGCCUGCGAUGGCGGAUCAGGCAGCCAGUGUGACAAUGCUGCAACGCUCGCCAACCUAUGUUGUUUCCCGUCCUGAUCAAGACAAAAUAGCCAACGUGCUGCGCAAAAUUCUGCCGGAGAAAUGGGCCUAUGCGAUUACGCGGUUUAAAAAUACCAGGAUGCAGAACUUCAUCUAUAAACGUUCGCGUACAGCGCCUGAGAAAAUGAAAACUCAGCUGGUUGGGAUGGUAAAGCAGGCGCUGGGACCUGAUUAUGAUGUGGAUAAACAUUUCACACCGUCUUAUAACCCCUGGGAUCAACGCCUGUGCCUGAUCCCAAAUUCAGAUCUGUUUGACUCGAUUAAAAGUGGCAAGACAACCGUGGUCACUGAGCAGAUAGAUCGUCUGACUGCUGACGGCGUGCAAUUGAAGAAUGGAGAUGUCCUGCCGGCAGACAUUCUGGUGACCGCAACGGGUCUGAACCUGCAGUUGCUGGGUGGCGCUCAUUUCAGCGUUGAUGGUGAGCCCGUGAACUUUCCUGAGACAAUCACCUAUAAAGGUAUGAUGUACUCUGACAUCCCGAAUCUAGUGCAGACAUUCGGCUACAUUAAUGCCUCCUGGACGUUGCGUUCCGAUCUGACCUCAGAGUUCGCCUGUCGGGUAAUCAACCAUAUGGAUGAACUUGGUGUCACUCAGGUAACCCCCGUGCUUCGUGAAGAAGACCAGGACAUGCAGUUGGGUCCCUGGAUUGAAGAUUUUUCUGCCGGCUAUAUGUCUCGGAUGAUGCACCUGUUUCCCAGGCAGGGUAAUCGCGACCCAUGGCGCAACACCCAGGACUAUCAGCUGGAUAAGAAAAUUAUUCGUAAAGCGGCUCUGGAAGAUGGUGCGUUGCAGUUUGGUCCACAGCCGCAUGCCCAGGAAGAAGACAAGCAGCAGACUCGCUCUGUGAUGACUACUUUAGUGGCCAACCAGUUCCUGAAGACACCACCUUCUGCUUAUAUCAAAUCGGUCCAGGUGCCCGGUGGCUUCGAUGUGGCCGACAAUGAGAUUGUGGCGCGACUGCAGAAAGACGAUCUGGUGAUCACCGCUGACAUACCGCUGGCUGACGAGGUGAUUACCAAGCAGGGUGCCGCGCUUAAUCCGCGGGGGACUUUUUACAGCAAAGAGAAUAUAAAGGAUCACCUGCAGCGGCGUGAUAUGCGCGAAUCGCUGCGCGACAGUGGCAUGGUGUCCGGCGGGCCGGAUGCCUAUGGCAAAAAAGAGUUGCAGGCAUUUUCCAAUGCACUGGAUAGAUAUGUCUUAUUACUGGCGGGCAGGGCACUGCUUGGAUUGUAUUUCAUCGUGCCAGGCAUCAUGAAAGUGUUGGGUUUCGAAGGCACUGCAGAGGCGAUGGCCAAUCAGGGUGUGCCAAUGGUUACGGUGCUGCUGGUGCUGACGAUUAUUAUUCAGAUUGGUGGCGGUUUCUGCCUUGCUGCUGGCAUUCGAACACAGGUGGUUGCGUUUGUGCUGGCAGGUUUGACGCUGGUGAUCAGCCUCUUCAUGCACUCGUUCUGGGCGAUGGAAGAAGGUAUCCAGCAAGCUCACGAAAUGCAGAAUUUCAUUAAGAAUAUGGCAAUAAUGGCGGCUGAAGCCAUGGCCGUUCAUCUGCGCGAGGCAGGUUUGCCUGAGCAGGAUAUUCACAUCAUCGUGCCUGCAGACUGGCCCACUCAGGGUAAUCUGGUUGCGCACCUGCCUGGUCUUGAUGCAGGUCUCGAACCAAUUUUGCUGCUGGCGCACAUCGAUGUGGUGGAGGCGAAUCCUGACGACUGGGCGCGAGAUCCAUUCACGCUGAUCGAGGAGGACGGCUACUUUUAUGGUCGUGGCUCUUUUGACGACAAAGCUAUGGCGGCGAUCUUCAUCGAUGUAUUGAUCCGGAUGAAACAAGCAGGUUUUCAACCUGAGCGUACAAUUAAGCUCGCGUUGACCUGCGGAGAAGAAACGCCUAACAAUUUCAAUGGCGUGCGUUAUCUGCUUGAGCAUCACAGAGAUUUGAUUGAUGCCCAGUUUGCCUUGAAUGAAGGUGCUUUUGCGGUAGCCGGGGCUGAUGGUCAGAAGAUAUACAAUGGCAUUCAGGCGGGCGAAAAAACCUACCAGGAUUACCACCUGGAGGUUCGCAACCCUGGCGGCCAUUCUUCGCGGCCUGUGCCUGAUAACGCGAUCAAUAGACUGGCUGCAGCUUUGACGCGCAUUGCGGAGUAUCAGUUUCCGAUCACCUUCAACGACACCACGCGGGCUUACUUCAAGCGCAUGGCAGCGCUGAAUGGUGGUCAGACCGGAGAGGACAUGUUGGCUAUUCUGCAGGCAACACCUGAUUCGGAUGCGUUGGCUCGAAUCACCGCUGAUUCCAGUUUUAAUUCCAUGCUGCAUACAACCUGCGUCGCCACAAUGCUGGAUGCGGGACACGCCCCAAAUGCAUUGCCUCAGCGAGCCUGGGCGAACGUGAACUGCCGAAUUUUUCCAGGCCAGACCCAAGAGGAAGUGCGACAGAUUCUGAGUGAUGUGGUGAACGAUACAGACGUUGUGGUCACGUUUGCAGAUCCGCCGGAAUCUACUUCGCCGCCGCCGCCUCUAACGCCUGAAAUUGUUGGACCCAUGGAAACCGUGAGCAAACAGAUGUGGCCUCAGGUUCCCGUCAUCCCUUUUAUGCAGGCGGGCGGGACCGAUGGGCGACUCCUUACUCCGGCGGGUAUCCCAACCUACAGUAUCAGCGGUAUGUUUGCUGAUCCGAAUACAUCGGGCUUCCACGGUUUAAAUGAACGUGUCCCAGUGCAGUCGCUUUAUGAAAGUCGUGAGUUUCUCAAUCUCCUGAUACGCAUCUACGCUGGCGGUGAAUAA